UCUGGGCCUGCCCUCUGAUCACUAGCCCGUCGCUCCGACCCGGACCAAAGGCUGCUCUCGCUGCUGGGCGCAGAUAUCCGAACGACGCCUUUCUGUCUUCUGUUUCAAGCACACACGCCCUGAGAGACGAUAUGGUGGCCCCGAAAGCCUCCGAGGAAGCCGAGUUCAAAGUGCACCGAUGUCGCUUCUUCGACUACCAGCCGAGCGGCAUCACGCAUCUGGCCUUCUCACCGCUUGCCUGCAAGAAGCUCUAUCUUGCUGUCGCCAGAGAGAACGGCAAUGUCGAAAUUUGGAAUGUGAAGGAGCGGUGGUUCCUGGAACGGGUUCUACCCGGUGUUCCCAAAACCAUCGAGUCGAUGGUCUGGGUUCACGACUCUGGCCUGCCCAACCCCGAGCCACGAUUGUUCACCGCAGGCAUGUCUGGUGAAGUAUGCGAGUGGGAUCUGGUCUCCGGGCAGAUCUCGAGUCGGUUCGACACCAACGGAGGCGGCGUCUGGUGCAUGGCCCGAUCUCCCACCCACAGCGAUCGCAUCGCUGUCGGCUGCGAGGACGGCGUCGUUCGAAUCAUGAACAUAUACGGAGAAGUCGAGAGGCGUCUGGAUCGGCAGGACGUUCGCAUCCUCUCGGUCGCAUGGCAUCCGAGCGGAAACUUUGUCGUCACUGGUGGAUCCGACUCGGUCAUUCGAGUAUACGAUGCCAACACGAGUAGAUCCGUCGGCCGCAUAUCGGUGGACACGUUGAAGGGAGAAGACACCUUGGUCUGGGCUCUCAUCGUCCUUAAAGAUGGUACUGUUGUGAGCGGAGACUCUCUCGGCAACGUACUUUUCUGGAAUUGGUCCUCGAAGACUCUCGUCAAGGGUAUCAAGGCCCAUGGCGCCGACGUUCUUUGCCUAACUGCAAAUGAUCAAGGCACACAUGUCUACUCAUCGGGUAUCGACAGAAAGGUCAUCCAGUACGCUCUUGUGGAUAUCAGCACAAAGAGUGCUACAAAGAAGAAGAAGAUGGCCUGGGUUGUUGCCUGCGAACGCCGCUUCCACUCGCAUGACGUUCGUGCCUUAGCCUUGCUUCCGGAUCGCCCCCACGAUUUAAUCGUCUCUGGCGGCGUCGAUACUACCGUUGUCGUAUCUAGUCCUGCCUCAAACUUUGAGCACGCCAAGCAGCAGAGAAUGGCGCCGUUCCCACAGCGGCCGCUUGUUUCGUUGGCUCGGAAGGGGCGUCGCUUGAUCGGUCGCUACAGCGAUCGAGUCAAGGUGUGGCAGCUGGGCACAGCCAUGGAUACCGCAAGCCACCAUCAAGACGAAGAGGUUCUCGACCUGGAAGUCAAGGAGAAGCUGCUCGUCGAGCUCAAGCUCAAAGGAUCGACCAACCUGUCUGCCAGCAGCAUCUCUGACGAUGGAACCUUGGUUGCAGUGUCGGAUAUGGAAUCGGUCAAGCUCUUCCAGAUCGAAGGAUCGUCUACCAGCUUUAUCAAGGUCCGCAAAAUCAAGCUGUUCCCGUCUCCGUCCAGUAUUCCGGCCGCCCACCAGCUCAUCUUCACUCCCGACGCCAGGCGGUUGAUUGUGGCUGGCACCGACUCAGUCGUUUAUGUUGUGAAUAUCGCAUCGCUUGUGGAUGACGGGCAAACUGGUGACUGCUAUAUCGAAGCUCGAUUCCGAGUUCACACUGGAGAGGAAAGUGACACCGACAUGGACGUAGAUGAGGACAGUUCUGUAACGACUCGGAUCGCCAAGAGCAAGACGCUCUCCAAGAAGGAAAUGAUUGCAUCUCUGGCGGUUAGCCCAGAGGGCAAGUGGCUCGCUAGUGGCGAUUUGCUCAACCGGAUCCAUGUUUUCGAUCUGGAGAGUCUCAGCCUUCGCGCGACCCUGCCUGUAUUCGAGUCGCUUCACACAUCGCUCGGUUUUGGUGAUCACGACGACCUGGUCAUCACCUGCACCAACAACGAGUUUUACCAAUUCAACGUCAAGCUCAAGCGGCUCUCGGACUGGUCCAAAGACAACUCGCACCGUCUUCCUGUCCGAUUUAUUGACCGAAAGGAGAUUAUCUCGGGCGUGUCGUUUGUCCCUGAGUCGCAGUCUCAGUUUGCACUCUGGGGCUGGACAUAUAUCUGCGCCGUGGAUAUUGACAAACCUCUUGGGCCCCGUGACGCCAUCAUCUCGGUUCACAAGCGCCGAAAGUAUCUACAGGAACGGGAGUGGAAGGACGCUUUGCUGCAACGAAAGCCCGAUGUAUCUGCUGCCGGCCCAGCCGCCAAAAAGCUGGCUGUCGCUGAUGACGGCGACAAGUCCGUGGCUACCCCCAAACGCAAGUCCACCCCAACGAGCCAAUUCAAGGACGAGUACACCGAAAGCUUCAAGAUGACGCAUCGGUACCAGCCCCUGGUCUUCUUUGGCUAUCUGGGACACAGUGAGAUUGUUGCGGUCGAGCGGCCAAUACUCAGCAUUAUGGAGAAACUGCCGGCCGCCUUCUAUCGACACAAGUACGGAACGUAACCGGCUUGAGCAGAGCCAAGACUCAGAGCCACCGACCUUUGGACCCGUACAUUGCGGUCUGCGAAACAGGAGCAGUACGCACUUUGGAUGGAAUGUGCCAUGCUUGUGUCGGCCUUUUGGGCUCUGUUGGAAUACAUUCGAUCCAGACCA